AAGUACCAGUGGAAUAUGAAAUGCCUCCGUUUAGUUUGACGAAAAAAAUCAAGGAUAGAAUUAGUGUUACCAGGCCUGGAACUAUGAAUGCUCAAGCACGAACAAAACAUCAACAACGUGUGCCAGAUGAAUCAUCCACAUUGGAGCUGUCCUCUACAUCUGUUGCACAGUCCAUUUCAUCAGUGCCAAGUCCAACUCUAGCAGAAAGCCGGUUGUCAGCAGUAGUAAAUUGUGGUACAGGAGAAGUGGCUAAGCAGAGCUCCGAUGCCAAGGUUCAACCUCUUGUACCAGUAAAGACAUCAAACCGUGAUGGGUACAACUGGCGGAAGUAUGGUCAAAAGCAAGUUAAAAGUCCUCAGGGUACUCGAAGUUAUUACCGAUGCACUCAUUUCGAGUGUUGUGCCAAGAAGAUUGAGUGCUCUGGUCACACUAAUCGUGUAAUGGAGAUUAUUUAUAGAAGUGAACACAAUCAUGAUCCAUCCCCGAGCGUAACUUGCUCAAGGGAAAGCAAGUCUGCAAUAUUGUCUGCAUCUACCAAUGGCAAAAGUUUAAUAGAUCAUCCAAAUAGAAAUUCUAAUGAGACUGUGGCAUCCUCUUUCAAAGAAAAUUUACAAGAAAGUUUACCAAUCGCCGAGACAGCAAAUUUGGAUUCCGGUGGAUCCGACACUGACACUGAAAUCGAUAUUAAAGAGGAGCAUUGUGACGAACCUGAACAAAAGAAGAGGUCAAGAAAAAGUGACGCGAGUUGUUACGAAUCUGUUUCUAAACCUGGAAAGAAACCCAAACUUGUGGUGCAUGCUGCUUGUGAUGUAGGAAUCUCAAGUGAUGGCUACAGGUGGCGAAAGUACGGACAAAAAAUGGUGAAGGGAAAUCCCCAUCCAAGGAACUAUUAUCGUUGUUCAUCAGCUGGAUGUCCUGUUCGAAAGCACAUUGAGAGGGCUGUAGAUAGCACAAUCGCGCUAACAAUAACCUACAAGGGAGUACACGAUCAUGACAUGCCCGUACCAAAAAGGCGUCAUGGUCCACCAAGUGCACCUCUUAUUGCUGCUGCUGCCGCCCCAGCUUCCAUAACCGAUAUGAAGAAACCUGAACCACUACAACAUCAAAAAUCGACCACACAAUGGUCCGUUGAUAAACAAGGUGAGUUGACAAGUGAGAAAUUGGAUCUUGGAGGAGGUAAGGCAAUGGGAUCGGCUCGAACUCUGUUGAGUAUUGGAUUUGAAAUAAAGCCUUGCUGAAAUUGUUCAGUUUUUUAUUAGCAUCUGUAGAAUGAUUGUAGUCAUCCAAUAUUUAGUAGUCUAUACUCAACUAUGUACAUUAUUGUUGUUCAAAAUAAUUAAAAUAGAACUUGGAAGAGAAAAAAUGUUGUGAUGUUUGUCA